AUGCAUUCCUUCAUCGGCCUUGCCGGACUGGCCUUUUUCUCAUCCGUGGUGCUGGCCGUGCCAGCCCCAGCUGUUACAGCCCCAGCUACGCUGGAUAAUCGUGCUACUUUGUGUACAUUCUCAGGCUCGAACGGCGCUGCAUCAGCCAGCAAGUCCAAGACUUCGUGCUCGACCAUCGUCUUGUCGAACGUUGCUGUGCCGUCGGGAACGACACUCGACUUGACUGGUCUGAAUUCCGGGACAAAGGUCAUCUUUGAAGGUACCACCACCUUCGGGUACAAAGAAUGGACCGGGCCCCUCGUCUCCGUCUCUGGCACUGGCAUCACCGUCGAAGGAGCCUCUGGCGCUGUUCUCGACGGUGACGGAGCCCGCUGGUGGGAUGGUCAGGGCAGCAACGGUGGCAAGACGAAGCCCAAGUUCUUCUAUGCCCACAACCUCAAGUCAUCGACUAUCAGCAACAUCAAGGUCUUGAACUCUCCCGUGCAAGUUUUCAGUAUUAACGGCGCUGAGACACUCACUCUUGAUUCCAUUACGAUUGAUAACUCGGCUGGUGAUUCUACUGGUGCUCACAAUACUGAUGCGUUUGAUGUUGGUAGUUCUAAUGGAGUUACUAUUUCAAAUGCUAUUGUGCAGAAUCAGGAUGAUUGCUUGGCCGUUAACUCUGGAACUAACAUCAUCUUUACUGGCGGUACAUGCUCCGGUGGUCAUGGAUUGUCCAUUGGCUCUGUUGGCGGCCGCUCCGACAACACCGUCCAGACAGUGCACAUUGAGAAUUCCACCGUCAAGAACUCCCAAAACGGCGUCCGUAUAAAAACCGUCUAUGGCGCCACCGGCUCCGUCUCUGGCGUUACCUACAAGGGCAUCACACUUUCCGGCAUCACCAAAUACGGCAUCGUCAUCGAGCAGGACUACGAGAAUGGAAGUCCUACCGGUACACCCACCACCGGUGUCCCCAUUACCGGUCUUACCAUUGAUGGUGUUACAGGCAGCGUCACCAGCUCUGCUACUGAUGUUUAUAUUCUAUGUGGUAGCGGUAGCUGCUCCGGCUGGACUUGGGAGGGUGUUAAUAUCACUGGUGGAAAGAGGAGUAGCAGUUGUAAGAAUGUUCCUAGUGGUGCUAGCUGCUAA